AUGGACGUGCCUGGCUUCGCGUUGAUCACGGGUGGCGGAUCCGGCAUCGGUCGGGCGUGCGCGAGGACAUUCGCCCGCGAAGGCGCCGCCGGGGUGGCGUUGCUGGACGUGAACCACGAGGGGCUCCUCGCUGUUAAGGCGGAGGUGGAGCAGGAAAAGAGACCGGCGGGCGCCCCAGCUUGCCGGGUCGAGGUGUACGUGGUGGACGUGCGGAACGAGACCGAAGUCACGCAGACAGUGGGCGAGGUGGCCCGGACGUUCGGGCGCCUCGACUAUGUGGUGAAUGCGGCCGGGGUGGCCAAGAAGCACGAAGGCGGCGCGGCGUUCGUGCCGACGGCCGACUGGCAGCGGGUGCUGGACAUCAACCUGACGGGGACGUUCUUCGUGCUGCGGGCGGCGGCGGCGAUCAUGCUGACGCAGGAGCCGAUCCUGUCGGCGCUGGACGGCCGCGCCUUGCAGCGCGGGUCGAUUGUCAACUUCGGCUCGAUCCUCGGCGCGGUCGGCGUGCCCACGUCGACCGCAUACACGGCGUCCAAGCACGGCGUGCUGGGCCUGACGCGCACGGCGUCCGAGGACUACGCGGGCCGCGGCCUGCGCAUCAACGCCAUCUGUCCCGGCUACAUCGACACCCCGAUGACGCGCGGGGACGCCGUCGUGCGCGACGUCAUGGCCGAGCGCGUCGCCAACGCCGUCCCCAUGCAGCGGGCCGGUCUGCCGCAGGAGAUCGCCGACGGCGUGGUGUACCUCUCCGGCGGGCGCAGCUCGUUCGUCACCGGCACCGCACUGUUUGUCGAUGGCGGGUAUACUGAGAGGUAG